UGGAGAACAGCCAGGAAGGUAAACGCGGAAGUGAAGAAAAAGUCCGGGGAGAAAGUUGAGAAAGACGAUUGAUCGAGAUUUUUAUGCCUCUGGAGGAACUUCAGGAAAAUUUGGUUAUGGCCCUGUGCGACGGCCUCUCCCACUGUAAACUGGCUCUGGCCUUCGCUGUGCUCAUGGACUUACUGGGAGGAGCCGCCCUGCUGGUGGGAGUCUUCGCCCCACUGGAGAUCAGAGGACAGGACUUUGGAGACUUACUGGUCUAUACUGGAGCUCUGUUCGUGCUCACGUCUCUGGCCGGAUGGGUGUUGUGGUACAGCGGAAACAUCGAUGGCCUGACGACGCGGAAGGAGCAGGGACACAUCGGCAGCGCCGUCGACCGGCUGGCUCGCAACCUCAGCCGCAAGUUCCGCACAUACAGGAGCCAACGCUGAGCCGCCGGGAGGAGGACUUCAACGCCUGGUGAUGCCUUCGCUCGUCAGUAUUAAUAUUAGACAUAGAAUAAAGCUCCUAAAGGUUUACUUACACCUACGACUGAAAUUCACAGAACGCUGUUACAAGCACAGAAACGUUUCAGGUCCAGAUGUGCACCUGCUGUUCUGUCACAUGGGUGCGAUUUAAUGUCUUAGUAUGAUUCAUGUUUUUAUUUGUUGUCGUGUUUCGAUGUGACUGACAUUCAGUAAAGCAGUGGUCUCAUGGUGGCUUUCAAUAAAAACCUUUUUAUAUAUGUUCUAAAAUGUCUUUUUUUAAU